AUGGCCAUCACCAUCUCCCCCACCUCACCCGACGAUAUCAGACCCAUCGUCUGCCUUGCUGAAUCAGCUUUCCCUGUGUUAUACUCCACCCUCUUCGAUGGACCACUCAAAGAAUCCACUAUUGAUGCCCUAGGAGAACAACGAAUCAAAUCACAGUUCAGAGAGAACGAGAAAAGCGAAGGUAAAGGAAAGCCAGCGAAUCGAUUCUUUGCAUUCAAAGCUAUCGAUGACUCCACCGGUCGGAUUGUCGGUGAAGCGCGGUGGAUGAUUUUUUACGAGGAUGAAGUACUCACGAAAUCCAUUGAAGAAGAGGUUCAGGAUCGGCUCUCGCUAGGCGUGCCUCAGAUGCAGGUGCAGGCUACAGCCGUGUUUGCGAGAUUGCUGAACACGGCGAGGAGGGAAGUCCUUGCUGUUCCUUCUUCGGAAACGGGGUCUGAUGCUCCAGUCAAACUUCGUAAGCGAGUAUAUCUGAUUGCAUUAGCCGUGCAUCCAGACUAUCAGAGGAAAGGAAUAGGACGCAGACUAGUUCAGUGGGGACUAGACGAGGCGGAUAGAUUAGGCCGUAUUUCCUAUUUGGAGGCCACAAUGGAAGGGAUCCGAUUGUACGAGCAAAGUGGGUUCGAGAAGGUGAAGGAUAUAAGCAUGGAUUUGACGCCAUUUGGGGGGAAAGGGAAAUUGCCCUUCCGAUUGAUGAUAAGACAACCCCGGUCGAAGCCUUAA